GGGCCCUACGUCAACAGUUGACGCACGACGUCAUGACGCAAGGCACGUAGCCUCGCAGGGUCGACUUCAUCCAAAUUUGCGCGGGUUUGCUGCUGUUAUGGGUGGCUGUCAUCUGGCUGUGGUCGGCUGAAAAAUAUAAAUAAAGGGUAUACUGGGAAUCUUCGCCCUGCUUGUUGUCGCUUGGAAAGCUGGAAACAUGUCGAAGCGAACGGCGUUUUUAGAAGCAGCCUGCAAGGAAAAUGUGGAGGACUUCCUUCGCUUUAUCCAGCUUCACAAGGACAAAACGGAGCCUUUUGAUGUGGAGGAGGUGGUGCAGGAGAUGCCAAGAGACCAGAGGCAGACUCUAUGGGGGAAACUGGCUCCACUCCUCCAGGACGUCCUGCAGGAGCUCCCUCCAGAGCGCUGGGACAGGGGCAGGGAGGAGGGCAUGGAAGAGGAGUCAGCUGUAGACCCUAAACAUGUCAUGGCUGUUGUGGAUGGCGUGACACUUGUGGCUGCACUGUCCUUAAAUGUCCUGCAAGAUGGUGACACCUACACCGCCCUCCUUGAAAUUGCCCACAGGCUUCAUGAUGUCCUGGUGUUGCUGCCUGUCUCAGAGUCACCUCUUCAACAUCAUAUCCACAUGUUGUGCGAGGCCUGGUGGAAGAAGGACCUGACAGACAAAGAAAAGUUUGGUCGCACUGCUUUUCUCAUCGCUCUGCAGAAAAGCUUCAUUUUGAAGAAGCCAGGUGCUGAGAUCCAAAGAGUGUGGAGUCUUCACGAUGUGCUGUUGAGUCUGGACUACAUGUCAGAAGACAAUAAGCAGAUUGUCGACUUGUUGCUUCAGUGCUUUCACCGUCCUAUUUACAUUAGAAACGAUGACGGAAAACGAUUCCUGGUGUUUCUUUUCAGCUGGAACGUCAACUUCAUCUGGGUUAUCCAUGGCACCAUCAAAAACCAGCUGGAGUUUUAUAGCAAGACCAUGACGACUCAUAUUAUGGAGAUCUACUUCAGAGCGUGGAAGAAGGCCAGCGGGGACUUCCUGGAGCAGAUUGAGAGCUCGUGCAUUCAGGAUUUUAUGCAGAACGCGAUUUUCCUUCAUCGCUCUUCUCCUGUCCAUGCCAAAGUCCGACAGAUUGUUAGCUAUUUCCACUCAAGGAAGGGCUGUCACGCGGUGGACAAGAUGCUCCACAAUCUCUACAAGCCUAUUCUUUGGAAGGCUUUAAGUGCUGCAAACUUUGAGGUGCGAGCAAAUGCCACUCUGCUUUUUACUGAGGCCUUCCCGAUCCACGACCCGGAUCAGAGCAACCAGAAAAUAGAUGAGACCAUUCAGAAGCAGCUGGAUGCAGCAAUGGGCCUUCUCGAUGACACUCACCCCACUGUACGCUCCAAUGCCACCCUGGGGGUCUGUAAGAUCCUUGCUAAGUGCUGGGAGCUCCUCCCUCCUACAAUCAUCACAGACUUCCUGAAGAAGCUGGUGUUUGAGCUGGCAGCUGACAGCAGCUCCCCUGAUGUCCGCUGCUCCGUCUUCAAGUGUCUGACUAUUGUCUUGGACAACGCCCUCAGCCAUCCACUGUUUGAAAAACUCCUGCCUUCUCUCAAAUACAGCCUUCAUGACAACUCGGAGAAAGUCCGUACAGCUUUCCUGGACAUGCUUAUCAAGGUGAAGGCAGUCCGUGCUGCCAAGUUUUGGGACGUGUGCAACAUGGACCACCUGCUCGCCCGCCUGGCUAUUGAUUCCCAUUCCGUUUCCAAGCGCAUCGUCGAUUUGCUCUUCAAGUCCUUCUUCCCCGUCAAUGAGUCGGACCGGGAGUGGUGCUGUCGCUGCAUCACCCUAAUCCAGAUGAAUCCCAUGGCUGCCAGGAAGUUCUACCAGUUUGCCCACAAACACACGGCCCCCACCAACAUAAUCAAGCUGAUGUUGGCCAUUCGCCGUGUUCUGAACAGCUGCAUCCAGACUGACUUUGACCAGACAGACAUUAAUGAGAGCAACAAGGAGAACAGCGCACAGGCUGAACCUCUGCUGGGGAAAGACAUGGUCAUCGUGUCCCGUCUGCUGGAAGUCGUGGUCAUCCUGUGGAAAAGUGUCGAGAAGGCCUUGAGACAAAAUGAAGAGGCCCAGAAGUACACGUAUGCCAAGUUUGGAAAUGUCAUUGCCAAGUAUUUCCAGACCUUUGAGGAUGAACAGUGUACAGCUCCUCUUGUACAACUGGCCUCAUUCAUGCCUCCAGCUGCAGUUCCAACAUUCAGCUGUGGUGUCCUGUCCAGACUGAGGAGAUUGGAACCAGGAGCUGCACCCUCACAGUACAGCCAGCUGUUAGACUGCAUCUGCAGCUGGGGCCAGGUUGCUGACAUCCUGGAUCUCGUCACUGAUUGGCUCACAGAGGCUCUGCCAAAGCAAGGGGACAAGGUGAACGCCAAUCGGAAGGUGCGUAUCCAAGAGACGGUGGAGGCCAAACCAGAGCUGGCGCUGGUCUACCUGGAGUACCUGUUCAGCCACACUUCAACACGAGAGAAAGUCCUGGCUCUCGGUGAAAGGCCGCUGAAGCAGCUCCAUACAGCCCUUGGAAACUGGAGGUCAGUGCUGUACACUCACCUGAGCUCCACCACAGCGGACCUUAAAAGUCCUGAUGUCGAGACGGCACUCAAAGUCUUUGUGUACCACGGUCGCCUCGGCGCUCAUCUGCAACAUAGUUCCUCAGAGGGUCGAGAAUACCUCCUCUCUUUGGAGCAUGUGGCAGCGUGGGUAGCUGAGAGGGUGCUGCCCUUCCUGGCUAAACGUCCCAACGAUGAUGAAGAGAAGGAGAAGUCUCCACCAUUGGCUGCAAAGAUAACUGAGAGUUUCCUGACGGUGUGCAGAGACGUUUUGCUCGUUGGUCUUGGUGACGACACGUUCAAGGGUCAAAUGCUCCACCUGUGCUCCCUCACCCUCCUGUCAGAGGCCGGCUACCUGUGCAUUCCUGCAGUGCUCCCUAUUUUGAAGGAGGUGGCAGACAGCUUUGCACCCGACCAGGCUCAAGACAAUGAGGAGGACCCAACCACUGUCAUGCUGGGCGUGGUGGCCAACAUCUUCCACAAGAUUAUCGAGCUCUUGGUUCGCCGUCUUAGGAAGGAACCAGAGGAGGGAAGACAGCUGUGUCAGUCCGCGCUUCCUGCCCUGACAGACUUUCUCCAAGUGGCUCAGGCCUGGGACACGGCGCCUCUCAGCGGAGUCUUCUCGACUCUUUUCGCUGUCACCGUCGUAGAGCAGAGUCAUUUGCUUCAGAAGAUUACCCAUCCUGAGGAGGUGAUCACCCCAGAGUCAGUGGAGGACAUGCCUCCUCUGCCCAGCAUCCUACUGUCUGUCAUCCUCAAAUCACCCGCUGUUACCAGGGCGUUUUUGACGGAGGUCAGCUCAUCUGUGGACUCGGAGGCCAUCAGCAGUCUGAAUGAAGUGGCUGCCGUCCUGCGCGUCUUGGCGGUCAUCAAAAACGUGGGGCAGUCUAAAGCGGCACUGAAGAGCGCUGCCACGUCUGCACAGCAGCAGCUUCACAAACAUGCAGCCACGUCUGUAGACGGCAGUGACAUCCAGAGGGUUAUUUAUGAAUCUUCUGUGAAGACCUUGAAUGAAAUUCUGGAUUUAUAAAUUGACCUCUUUGAUGUGUAUUAUCUGCUUCACAUUUGAAUUUUAUUAAGCUGAGGAAAGCAGUAAAAUAUCUUCUCUUCUGUUGGAAUUACAAACUUCCAAUCACUAGCAGUUGAAAUAAUGACAAAAAAAUGAAUAUUUUAACUUCACUGAUCGGCUUUUUAAAACAUAUGGUUUGGAUUAAAGCUGAGGAUUUGUGUGGUUCUGUUACUAUGUUUUUCCAGAUUGGCUCCACUUCUCUCAGUUUAUUUAUUUCUUGAUGGCACACAUUGCUCAAGUCUUCUUUCUCAGGCUCUGUGCAUUGAUAAUGUUAAAGAAAUAUUGAUUGUGUACCCCAGACUGAAGAAGUACUCUUUCUUAUAUCGAACGGCAUUCUCACCUCCACUUCUAUUUUUUUUUUUAUUUUAAAAACAGUAUCAUAUGAAAUGGAUCUAUUUUUUUCAUGUUUCACUUGUCUGUGUUUAUAUAUGUGUUGGUCUGUCACCAUGUAAGCUUCAGUGUGCUACUAAAAAGAAUAAAACAAAUGGCAUCAAUCAA